UGGAUAUUGAUAUUGAAGGAUGUGUUGCUUUUUGGCAAUCUUUAAAAAAAGAUGUUGUUGUGGAUACACCAAAUAUGUAUCUAUAAUUAUUUAAUAAAAAUAAAUAAUUUUAGGAAAUGUUGUAAUGAUUGGGGAAGACAUAUUUUACGUACUUGGAAGAAUGCUCCAAAAUUAGAUAAAGUAAAUCAAGGAGCAGCAAAACGAGCAGAAAUUGAAACUGAAAUAAUUGAGCCGCUCUUCCAUUGUGCAAUAUUUACAAAAAAGCCUUAUUCUCAAAGAUUUCAAUGGAUAAUUGAAGCAUUUCUUGAAGACGAAAAUCCGAGUAAAAAGUUAAGGGCAAUGUUUUUUCGGUGUACACUUCCCGUUGUUCCAAAUAAUCAAGUCCGAACUGCUGCUUCUUGGAUUGUUCUCAAUUUUUUUCCUUUGCUUUCUGAUGAUGAAUUUGUCAAAGAAGAAUAUUUAAAAAGACAACAAGAAGCCAUAGAUCGAAUGUUAAUGGAUGAUUGUGUUCCUAUUCGUGUUUUUGCUCUCAAAAUGGUGCCUCGCCACCUGUGCGCUCAUUGGGAAAUUUUUCCUCGUGAAUUAAUUAAAGCUUAUUUGUCUAAGAUUGUUGACUGUCUUUCACUCGAUGCUCUACCAGAGGUCCGUGCUGCUGUUUAUGAGGGUAUUGGGAAUUUACUACCUCGUGCUGAUGCUCUUACUGCCACACAGCGUUCUUUGGAAAUUCUUGCGAAGCGGGGAACAAAUGAUAAAACAGAAAAAGUUAGAUUGACUGCUUUUCGAAUGUUGAAUAAACUACAUGGACAUCGUUAUAUUAAGUUGUUGGAUUUAAUCCCAAUGAAUAAUUUAUUGCUUCGACUCGAUUUUGAGCAUUCAAAAUCGGUGCAACGUGAAAUCGUUCAACUUCUUUUCCGCCCGUUUAUUCCAAAACAUGUUGAGGGUAUCGAUUAUAUGGAACGGUUUAAACGUGUCUUUUUAAUGUGCAAAGUAUCAAGAAAUGCUUCUUUCCAUUUACAUCAUUUAAUUUACCCACAAAAAUUGAUUGGAAUAGAAAUGGCAGGUUUUGUGAUAGGAUUAAAGUUUAAUUUUAAAUUUAAAUCCAUUUUAGUUCAUCAUAUUCGGAGUCUGUUGCUUGGAGUAAAAAUCAUUUUAAAGAAGAGUGCGGGUAUUGAAAAUGGGGGAAAUGAUACAACUGAUGUUUUAAAUAUGUCUAAUAUAUCUGGAAUUUCUACAAUGAUGGAGGAGGUACAACAAAAGAAUGGAGGCGGUGGAGAUAUUGAUGAACAAACAAAAUUACGAGUAACAAAAGAUGUCUUGGAUUCGUCAAUUGUUCUUUGGAUGGCUAUUCGUUAUGAUUUAUUUAAUGCAAAAAAUGCAAAAUAUAAUUUAGAAAUGAUUCGAAUGAUGUCAAGUAUUUUAGAUACUCUCAAUCAAUUUCCAGAUGAUUCUGCAAUAAUGGAUUCUGCUUUAGUUAUUGCGAGUCAAUUGCCUAAAGACAAAAUUGGACGAAUGUUUCUUCGUAUCAAGAACAAAAUUGAAGAAGACAAUGUAAAUCAGCAACAUUUUCUUCAUUAUGUUGAGGCACUUGCAGCUUGGGAUAUGAACAAAUUAAUUUCAAUUAUAGAAAUUGGUCUACGAAAACUUCGAAAUGCCCUUGUUGCAAUUACUGAUCCUUCAGCACUUUCUGCUACUCCAUUGAGCUCUCGUCGCCGAUUGGAGACUAAUCCAUAUAGAGAAUCACCUCCUUCCAAACGAGUUAAAGUAAAUGAUAACGUUGUCGGAGAAUUUCUACGUCCAUUAAAAUUAAUUCAAACUUUGAUUUCAAGUCCUUUGGCAAGUGAGGAAUUAAAAACAAAUUUUACCUGUCUCUCAGUUAUUCAUAAACAAUUUGGCAAAUUAUUGCUUUUACCUGGUUGGGAACAAAAAUUUGAUCCUCGAGUAUUAUUUUCUGCUUAUGAGACAUUUAACAUUUUGGCAUUGAUUACUAAAAGAAUUGAGGAGCCGUCUCGUAGAGAGUCAAUUAAUGAAGCGGAGCUUAAUUUGCCUACAAAUGAUAGAUUAUUGUAUAAUGAAUUAAAAUGGUUUGCCGACGUCAUUAAAGAAACGAGACCGACAUUUAAUGUCAUGAAAAUGUUUUUGAGAUGUGUUGAUUUACAUUUAAUUGCUGGCCAACUUACUUAUUUAAUUUUAAAUGAGACUGCGAAUAUGUUUAUUAAAUUAAAAGAAAUUUUGGAGGAUAUUUUUAAUGCCGGUCCGGUAGAAAUUGCUCUUAGAAAAAGUGUAGCAGUUCUGAAAGAAGCUUUACUGAAUUGUGAUGACCGUGAACAGGCCAAUAAAAUUAUUCAAAAUAAAAUUGAUCCACUUUUGGAUUAUUUGGAGGAAACGACUUUGGUAGAAGAAAUUGAUGAACAACAACAAAAUGAGAGAGGGGAAAGAAGUGAUGAUGAAUAA